UCACAGUUUAGCAGAGGGAACACCUACAUCGCCGGUUCCUUCUCCUCAACUCUUCGCCAGGCUUUCUUCAUCCUCUCCGUCUUCCUUCCCCUGACCUCCCAUCCACCCCGCCCGCAACUACAAGCAACCCCCGAUCCAGUCCGUUCAGCCUCCAGGCGAAUGGUCGCGAACCACGAGUCGGAGGCGGCAUCGGCGGCAGCGCCCGGGGCAGGGACGACGGUGGACCCGAUGCGGCUGGCGUCACGGUGGCGGUCCCCGGCGGAGUGGGAGUUCGCGGCGGCGGAGCUGGAUUCUGAGCCGCUCCCGUCCGAGCUCAACACCGUCAACAGCUCGGGCCUUUUCGCCGUCGUCUCCACCGACAAGUUGUCCGUCAAAUACCUCGGCAGCUAUCACCAUGGCCACGACGUCGGGGUCGUGCAAGCCGACCGCCCCGCGCCCACACGCCGGGCCGUGUACUAUUUUGAGAUGGGGGUCAAGAACGCCGGCUACAAGGGGCAGACCUCCAUCGGUUUCACAAGCGGAAGCUUCAAGAUGCGGCGACAACCGGGUUGGGAGUCUAACAGUUGUGGAUACCAUGGUGAUGAUGGCUAUCUUUACCGAGGUCAAGGGAAAGGUGAACCAUUCGGGCCCAAAUUUACAUCUGGCGACACAAUUGGUGCUGGCAUCAACUACUUGUCACAAGAAUUUUUCUUCACGAAAAAUGGAUCUCUGGUUGGAGCCUUUCCAAAAGACAUUAAAGGCCCACUAUAUCCUACCGUUGCUGUUCAUAGUCAGGGUGAAGAGUUGACUGUAAACUUUGGAAAAGAGCCAUUCUGUUUUGACAUUGAGGGUUACAUACUCGAAGAGAAAAUGAGGCAACAAUCGAUGACAGACAAAAUGAAGUUGGAAGAGAACAUCAGUCAUGUGAUUGUCCGUUCAUAUCUCCUACAUUAUGGUUAUCAAGAUACAUUAAAUUCUUUUGAUAUGGCAAAUGCAACUGACCCCCCUGGCAGUCGCCAAAAUGGACAUAGGGAACCUCCAGAAAUGUAUGGUCUUAGCCACAGAAAAAUUCUGCGUCAGCUUAUCAUGAGCGGAGAUAUUGACUCUACAUUCAAAAGACUAGAGGAGUGGUAUCCACAAGUCAUAAAGGAUGAGAAAUCGGUUAUUUGCUUCUUACUCCAUUCUCAGAGAUUCAUAGAAUAUAUCAGGGCUGAACAACUGGAGGAUGCUGUGACAUAUGCACGUGCUAACCUGGCAAGCUUCUUGACGCACAAAGCUUUCGAGGGGUUGCUGAAGGAGAGUGUGGCCCUGCUUGCGUAUGAGAAGCCUGCAGAAUCAUGCAUCGGAUACCUGCUGGACUGCCCCCAGCGUGAAUUCGUGGCGGACGCAGUGAACGCAGCUGUCCUGUCUACGAACCCCGCCAUGAAGGACCCUGAGAGCUGUCUUUACUCAUGUCUCGAGAGGUUACUAAGGCAGCUCACAGUAUGUAGCUUUGAGCGACGCGCAUUCAACAACGACCAAGGAGAUGCAUUCUUACUUCACAAAGAAGUGCGCAACUGUGAAAGGUCCCAGCGUUCAUAGGCACAUCUCAGAAUUCGACUCAGAUGUUAGACUCCAACUGCUGUUUGGCACGAGCAAGCACAGAUCCUUCCUUUUGAAGGUCUGCAGCGUCCCUGGGCUUUCUGAAUUCCGAUAGGUGUACACUCAAUUGCACAGAGCUCUGAAGGGGUUUCCUUCCUGUAAUCAGAAAACUCGUUCAGAAUCGGCCAACGUGUCUGUUCCCGUAUUCUCUGGCUGGCUAAUAGACCGUUUGAUGUUGUGAAUGCUAAAAACGCUUCAACAUAUGUUCUUUACCUCUG